ACAUUGCUGUACAUUCGACUCAAUCUCCACUUCUCGUCAUGUAUUCGAAACAACUACUCGUGUGCCUGUUUUUGGGAGCGGUGGGCGCCUCCCCUCAAGGCUACGGAGCUCCACGCCCAUCCUACUCCGCCCCCGGUGGCUCGUUCGGCGGCGGCGGGGGCCCCGUGAUCCCCAUCCUCGUCGACGACCGCACGGGACCCGACGCCUCCGGAGCGUACUCCUUCAACUUCGAGACGGGCAACGGCAUCAGACGCCAGGAGCAGGGCGCCGGGCGGGGUCCCAAGGGCGCCGUGGUGUCCCAGGGAGGCUGGUCAUUCACCUUCCCCGACGGCACCCCAGGAGUCUUCAACUUCGUAGCUGACGAAAAUGGGUACCGCGUCGAAUCCCCCCUUCUGCCCACCCCCCCUCCUCUCCCACCCCACGCCAUCGCCCAGAUCGAGAAGGCCCGCCAGGAGGCUGCGUCCGGAGGAAGCCGCCCUCAAUACGGGGCACCAGCUCCCCCCAGCCGAGGAUACAGUUUCCGAUGAAGAUAGCCCGGUCGAAUCUCCCUCCCCAGGAUCUGUGAUAAAGUUGAUAUAUUUUUAAAUUGUGUCUUGAAGAAAAUAUCACACUUUUUGAAAUGAAUUGUUGGCUGACAUGACAUGACACCCCGCGCUUUUUUGUAUUUAUUGUUUAAUUACGAAGCGAAUGAUUGUGAAAAUUAUAUAAAAAAAAAAGCAAAUAAAGGGAAAAUUAUCA